AUGAAACAACGAAUUAGCGCGUUAGACUUACAGCUGCUGGCCAGAGAACUGAAACAAAAUCUGGAAGGUUACAGAUUGAGUAACAUUUACAAUAUUGCCGACUCGUCAAAACAGUUUUUACUCAGGUUCAAUAAACCGGACUCUAAAUUAAAUGUUGUGGUGGAUUGUGGCUUAAGAAUUUACUUAACCGAAUUCAGUAGGCCAAUCCCCCCAACUCCUUCUGGGUUUGUUGUCAAGCUGAGAAAACAUCUAAAAGCAAAACGACUAACAGCUUUAAAGCAGGUUGAACAAGACAGAAUCCUUGUUUUGCAGUUUGCUGAUGGUCACUUUUAUUUAGUGCUGGAAUUUUUCAGUGCAGGGAAUGUUAUUCUUCUGGAUGAAAACAGACGAAUCAUGUCCUUGCAAAGAGUGGUCUUGGAGCAUGAAAAUAGGGUUGGUGAAGUUUAUGAAAUGUUUGAUGAAUCACUUUUUGCCACAGAUAAUGAGGAUAUCAAGGAGUAUUCGGAAAGCUCUAAAACAGAAUACACUUCUAACCUUGUUAAUGAAUGGAUAGAAGCAGCUCAGAGCAAAUACGAAUCAGAUGCUGCCGUUAUUAAGGAACUAAACAUUGAGAGUAAAAAGAGUUCGAAAGAAAAGAAAGUCAGAGUUCAUUCCAUCCAUAAGCUGCUGCUUUCAAAGGUCCCUCACUUGUCUUCCGAUUUACUUUCGAAGAACUUGAAAGUAUUUGAUAUUGACCCUUCGGAAUCUUGUUUAGCACUUCUAGGUAAGACAGACACACUAGCAAAACUGCUAAAUGUUACCCAAUCAGAGUAUAAUGAACUUUUAUCAACAUCUGAUAGCAGGGGUUAUAUUUUAGCCAAAAGAAAUGAAAAUUUCAAUCCCGAGAAAGAUUCAGCGGACCUCGAAUUCAUUUUUGAUACAUUCCAUCCCUUCAAACCUUAUAUCAGCGAUCCAGACAACAAAUAUUUCAGCAUCGUUGAAAUUGAAGGGUUUUACAAUAAAACGCUUGACAAAUUUUUCUCAACAAUAGAAUCUUCCAAGUACGCCCUACGUAUCCAAAAUCAAGAAUCACAAGCACAAAAGAAAAUCGAUGAUGCUCGUGCUGAAAACAAUAGAAAGAUACAAGCUUUACUGAACGUUCAAGAAUCAAAUGAAAGCAAGGGUCAUCUAAUAAUUGAAAACGCCUCCUUAAUAGAGGAAGUGAAGCUUGCUGUCCAAGGUUUAAUUGAUCAACAAAUGGAUUGGAGCACUAUUGAGAAACUAAUAAAAAGUGAACAGAAAAAGGGAAAUAUGAUUGCACAGCGGAUAAACCUGCCUCUGAAUUUGAAAAAGAACAAGAUUAGCGUUAAGCUCGAUGUGUCUAAGGAUCAGGAAGGUACCGCUUCUUCGGAUGAAGGCAAUGACUCAGAGUCCAGCACUAGUGAAAGUUCUAGUGAUUCAGAUUCAGAUCCAGAAGAUUCAAGCGAUCUAAGAAAAAAAAGUGCGAAAAAUAUGAAAAACAAGGAGUCCAUCAAUACGCUAAAUGUCACAAUUGACCUUGGUUUAUCAGCUUACGCCAAUGCCUCUGAAUAUUUCAAUAUCAAGAAAACAAGUGCUGAAAAACAGAAAAAAGUGGAGAAGAAUGUUGGGAAGGCUAUGAAGAAUAUUGAAGUCAAAAUUGACCAACAACUAAAAAAGAAGCUGAAAGAAUCUCACAGUGUUUUGAAGAGGAUUCGUACUCCCUAUUUUUUUGAAAAGUAUAACUGGUUCAUUUCAAGCGAAGGAUUUUUGGUUAUGAUGGGUAAAAGUCCAGCAGAGACGGAUCAAAUCUUUUCUAAAUAUAUUGAAAACGAUGAUAUUUACAUGUCGAAUAGUUUUGAUACGCAUGUAUGGAUCAAAAAUCCAGAAAGAACAGAAGUUCCUCCGAACACCUUGAUGCAAGCCGGCAUAUUAUGUAUGUCUUCAAGCGAAGCUUGGUCUAAGAAGAUAGCCUCCUCCCCGUGGUGGUGUUUUGCUAAGAACGUUAGUAAAUUUGAUAGUUCUGAUAAUUCCGUUUUGCCGGAAGGUGCGUUCCGGUUAAAGAAUGAAAAAGAUCAGAACCCUCUACCACCUGCUCAACUCGUAAUGGGCUUCGGGUUUUUAUGGAAAGUGAAGAUAAAUGGAAAUGAUGAGGAUGAGGAUGAGGAUGAGGAUGAGGAUGAGGAUGAGGAUGAGGAUGAGGAUGAGGAUGAGGAUGAGGAUGAGGAUGAGGAUGAGGAUGAGGNUGAGGAUGAGGAUGAGGAUGAGGAUGAGGAUGAGGAUGAGGAUGAGGAUGAGGAUGAGGAUGAGGAUGAGGAUGAGGAUGAGGAUGAGGAUGAGGGAGUAGAAGAAGGAGAAAACAGUGAUGGCGAAAUUAUCGAAUCAUUAGAAGAUGAGGAUGACAACGAGGAUGAUACUACAAAUGAUAGUGAUUUUGAAUUUGACAGCACCGGAAAAGAAAUCGAGACAAGAAACAUUGGCGACACUAUACUAUCCGAAAUAAAAUCUUCAAAAUUAGAAAAUAAUGAAACCAGCAAUAUAAAUGAUGAUGUACAGUCUGUAUCCGACGAAUUGAGUGUCACUACCUCUGUAGUCGAUAGCAUGAACAGAAAAGUCCGUGGUAAAAAAGGAAAAUUAAAGAAGAUUCAAAGAAAAUAUGCCGAUCAAGAUGAGCAUGAACGCCUUUUGCGUUUAGAAGCUUUGGGUACCUUAAAAGGUAUCGAGAAGCAACAACAAAAGAGGAAAGAUGAACUAAUGAAACUAGAACUUAGAGAAGACAAAAAGAAUAGACGCGAAAAGCAAAAGAAUUUACAGGCUUUGAAGUUUAGUAAAAACGAAAAGGCAAAGGUUAGUUAUGAUAGACAUAUGGCCGAACUAAAACCAUCUCUCGAUAAGGACGAUGUAGUCAUUGAUAUUGUGCCUGUGUUUGCUCCUUGGCCUGCACUUCAAAAAUAUAAAUAUAAGGUGAAAAUUCAACCGGGAAGUGCAAAGAAAACCAAAACUUUAACGGAGAUUUUACACUAUUUUAAGGGUAGACAGGUUGAUAGUUCUUCUAAUGACAAGGAAAUGGACUGGCCAAAAGAACAUGAAAUGAUUAAAAGCUUGAAGGAGCAAGACCUGGUUCUUCUGCUGUGCGUUGAUAAAUUAAAAAUAACGAUUGCUGGUCAAAAAUCCACCAAGAACAGUGGCGGCUCACAAAAGGGCAAGAAAAGCUCCAAGGCGGGCGGUAAGAAAAGAAAAUAA